UACCUAUCGCAAAUCGAUAUCAGGUGGGUGAAGUUGUUGAUUUCUGGCUGGGAUUGGUAAAUCUGCGAAUGCGUGCCGAAAUUAAGUAGGAUGCAACGUGACAGGGACUCCUCCGGCUCUUACGCGCGCAAGGGUAACCGGCCUCCGGGACUGAGGGGCAAGGACAUCGGUCUUUACUACCGCAAUCUCGCCCGGCAGCGAAAGAAGGACAGCGGCGAGGACGGACGCCCAAAGGAGCCGGAAAUCCGUUUGGGCUGCAAUGUCAGCGUUCCCAGUGGCGUCCUCACGCGCGUCAAGGAGUUCAUGCAGGACUACAGCCGAGCACCGGCCAAGGAAACCCGCGAUGUGGAUGCCCAGUUCAAGCGGCAGUUCCGGCAUCUUUUGAGCGUCAACUUCGAGGAAUUUGUGGCGGAGACCAAGGAGAAGAACGAGGGCUUGGAGUACACCAAUGCCAAGCUGGACGAGAAGCUGCAGCUGGACCUGGAGCAGCGCCAGCUGGAUGAGAAUGCCAAGAAACGUCUGGCUGCGCGUCGAAAGCUACCCACCAUGAAAUAUGCUGAGAAAAUCGUCGAGGCUGUGCGGGAAAACCAAGUAAUCCUGAUCGUGGGCAGCACUGGUUGUGGCAAGACCACGCAGGUACCUCAAAUCCUCCUGGACGAUGCCAUUUCCCGGGGCUGUGCCUCGUCGUGCCGCAUUGUUUGCACUCAGCCACGAAGGAUUUCGGCCAUAACCAUUGCCGAGUGGGUUAGCUAUGAGCGUUGCGAAAGUCUGGGCAACUCGGUGGGCUACCAGAUCCGCCUGGAGAGCAGGAAGCCCCGAGAACGGGCUUCCAUAACAUACUGCACCACGGGAGUUCUACUGCAGCAGCUACAAUCCGAUCCAUUGAUGCACAAUCUGAGUGUCUUGAUCUUGGAUGAAAUCCACGAACGCAGCGUGGAAACCGAUCUCUUAAUGGGUCUCCUUAAGGUUAUCCUGCCCCAUAGACCGGAUCUGAAAGUAAUCCUUAUGAGCGCCACUGUGCGGGAGCAGGAUUUCUGCGACUAUUUCAACAACUGUCCCAUGUUCCGCAUCGAAGGCGUAAUGUUUCCCGUCCAAAUGCUCUAUCUGGAGGAUGUCCUGGCCAAAACGAACUACGAGUUUCAAAAGUCCCGCGAUCGUCGCCCCAAGCGAGAUCGCCCUGAGAAGCGGAUGAAGCACGAGGCUAUGAUAGAACCCUAUCUGCGGCGCAUCCGAAACUCGUACGACAGCCGUGUGCUGGAGAAGUUGCGUCUGCCGGAGUCAGAGGGCUGCGAGGAUAUUGAUUUUAUAGCCGAUCUCGUUUACUACAUUUGCGAAAGCGAACCGGAGGGUGCCAUUUUGGUCUUCCUACCGGGCUACGAUAAAAUCUCGCAACUAUACACUCUCCUGGACAAACCGAAAUCCCCAAAGGGCCAAAGAUGGAGGGACCACAUAGCAGUGUUUCCUUUACAUUCCCUAAUGCAAUCAGCAGAGCAGCAGGCGGUGUUUAGGCGUCCGCCAGCGGGUAAACGAAAGGUCAUCAUCUCCACGAUAAUUGCCGAGACCUCGGUGACCAUUGACGAUGUGGUUUAUGUGAUCAACUCUGGCCGCACAAAGGCCACCAACUAUGACAUCGAAACGAACAUACAGACGCUGGAGGAAGUGUGGGUGACCAAGGCAAAUACGCAGCAGCGGAAGGGCAGAGCGGGCAGAGUGCGGCCAGGAAUAUGCUAUAAUCUAUUCACCCGUGCCAGGGAGGACCUAAUGGCCGAUAUUCCAACGCCGGAGAUACUUCGCUCCAAGCUGGAAUCUAUAAUUUUAAGCCUCAAGCUGCUGCACAUCGAUGAUCCGUAUCGGUUCUUGCAAACCCUGAUAAAUGCCCCCAAUCCCGAGGCCAUUAAACUUGGAGUGGACCUGCUGAUGCGUAUUGAGGCCCUGGACAAGACGGGCACCCUCACGCCGCUGGGCAUGCACUUGGCCAAGCUGCCCAUCGAUCCGCAAAUGGGCAAAAUGAUACUGAUGUCGGCUCUCUUUUGUUGCUUGGAUCCUAUUACUUCGGCGGCGGCUGCUUUGUCUUUCAAGUCGCCCUUUUACUCGCCUUUGGGACAAGAGAGUCGAGUGGACGAGAUCAAGCGGAGGAUGGCACGCAAUAUGCGUAGUGAUCACCUUUUGGUGCACAACACCAUCAAUGCAUACCGGGAAAGUCGCUAUGCGCAUGCGGAACGCGACUUCUGCUAUAAGAAUUUCCUCAGCUCCAUGACACUGCAGCAGCUGGAGAGGAUGAAGAAUCAGUUCAGCGAACUUUUAUACAACUACAAAUUUCUUACAUCCUCCAACUGCAAGGACCCUGCAUCCAACAUGAAUUCAGAAAAGAUUCCCUUGCUGAGGGCCAUUAUUGGAGCGGGUCUUUAUCCCAACAUGGCGCACCUGCGGAAAUCACGACAGAUAAAGAAUCGAGUGCGUGCCAUCCAUACCAUGGCAACGGACGAUGGACGUCGUGUGAACUUCCAUCCCUCUUCGGUGAAUAGUGGCGAAAGCGGCUUCGAUUCGGCAUACUUUGUCUAUUUCCAGCGACAAAAAUCCACCGAUCUUUUUCUGCUGGACUCCACAAUGGUUUUCCCCAUGGCGCUGAUCAUUUUCGGUGAUGGCGUGGAGGCAGGAGUAACCCAGAACACGCCGUAUUUAUGCGUGGCCAAGACUUAUUACUUUAAAUGCAAUCAAGAAACUGCCGACGUAGUUCUAGAACUGCGUAGUAAUCUGGAAAAGUUGCUGCUUAAAAAGGCCUUGUAUCCGGCGCCUAUUGAGGAUAAUGGAUAUGAAAAGCAGUUGAUAAAAGCUAUUGAAUUGCUACUGUCGUUAGACGAAAGAUUGGGCGAGGACUACAUUUCCUCCGACGAAAUUGAUGACAUCUAACCUGCCUCAUUAGCUUGUUGUUUUAAUUUAUUGUUUAGCAAAACAUUGUAUACGUUAAAAAUAAAUUAUAAGUGCAAACUAGUGAUGCAAUAACAAUA